AUGCUGAAGCUUGAUAAACAGAACUGCGCUCAACACUCUGAUAAAGACAACAACAGUUCAUCAUCACUUAAGCAGAGUCAGAAUGAGCCAAAGCCAGAACACGCUUUAAGUAGCAACGAUGGAUACACGCACCCUGUGAAUGCAAGCGGUCAGAAGAUUGAUAGGAAAACAAUGUCUGACCAACAAAAGCGUGACUUCAAGAAUCACCACAAGGCCAGAACCAUCCUUCUCAGCGUCAUCUCUUAUGCUGCAUAUGAAAAGAUCUCCAACCGAGACACAGCAAAGAACAUGUUUGACUCACUCAGAAUGACGCAUGAGGGCAACGUUCAGGUCAAAGAAACUAAAGCUCUGGCGCUCAUUCAGAGGUAUGAGGCGUUCAAAAUGGAAGAAAGUGAAUUCAUUGAAACAAUGUUCUCAAGAUUCCAGAUUCUAGUAGCUGGUCUCAAGGUUCUGGACAAAGGUUACUCUACUGCUGAUCACGUCAAGAAAAUCAUCAGAAGCUUACCCAAGCAGUGGAGGCCAAUGGUUACAGCUCUGAACCUAGCAAAAGAUCUCAACAAAAUUUCUCUAGAGGAACUUAUCAGCUCCCUCAGAAGUCAUGAGAUAGAGCUAGAAGCUGAAGAACCCCAGAAGCAAGGUAAGCCUUUAGCAUUAAAAUCUAACAAAAAAUCUGAGUCUAAAGGUUUGCAGGCAGUUGAAGAAACAUCUGAUGGAUCCUCAAUAGAAGAAGACGAACUCCCCCUCCUCUCCAGAAGAGUGAAUCAACUGUGGAAGCAGAGGCAAAGAAAGUUCAGGAAUCCCAGAAGAUCUGAUCAGAACGAGCCUUCUUCUAGAUAUAGAAGGACAGAUUCUUCUUCUGGAUACAGAAGAUCUGAAGGCUCCUCAGGAAGCAGAAAGCCAAACACCAAGGACAUCAUCUGCUAUGAGUGCAUUGAGCAAGGACACUACAAGAGUGACUGGCCAAAGCUUCAGAGGGAAAAGCCCAAAAAGAAGUUUGGAAGAGAAAAGAAGAAAAGUCUCAUGGCUACAUGGGAUGACUCUGACACGUCUGAAGCUGACUCAGAAUCAGAUGAUGAGAGAGCAAACAUAGCUCUCAUGGCCAACAUUUCAGAAGAUAGUGAAGCUUCUGAAUCAGACUCAGAAUCAGAUACUGAAGAGGUAUUUCCUGACUUUGCUGUUAAUUUUACCAAGGCUGAACUUGCUGAAAGCCUUAAUGAAAUUCUAGAAAGGUAUCAGCAGAUUAGAGUUAAAUUCAGAGACCUGAAAAGGAAUCUUGAAUCUGACUCUAAUAAGACUGAGAGUCUUAAAUUGGAGAAUUCUGAGCUAAGAAUUAAAAUUUCAAAUUUAGAAAAUACUUUACAAAACUCUCAUAAGGAACCAAUUUCUGAAACUCCCAGCAACGCUGAUGAGAUCAUCAAGGAGUAUGAUCACAGUUUCCAGAAGUUCCUUGCUAAAAGCAUAGAUAUAAGCAAAAUGGCUCCAAUGGAUGGUUGCCUUGUCAUUAUGGAAUUUAGUGUGUUGUCGAUAUUUUUGUUUCUGCAAUGGAUGGUAGCCUUGUCAUUAUGGAAGGUAGUCCGUUGUCAAGAAUUUUCUUACUCCAAUGGAUGGUAG